CUCGUAGUUUGUGUUAUUGUGGUUCGGUAUUCCGCCGAUACUUUAAGUGUGGUUGAAUGAUAAAGUUCACUAGACCACUAAUAUUUCUACAGACAUCAAAAUGUAUUCAUACAUCUGAUAGAAUGCCAAAAAAGAAAGGACAGGUAAAGGCGAAUAAGGGGGAAGCUAGCUGUGAAAGCAAAGCAACAACUACAACUGGUCCAGUAGUUCUCAAUAAAGACGGCUCUCAUAGCAUUAUCAUACAAGCUAAACCAGGUGCUAAACACAAUUCAAUAACAGAUAUUUCAAGUGAAAGUGUUGGUGUACAGAUUGCAGCUCCUCCUUUGGAUGGGGAAGCUAACACUACUUUGGUGAAAUAUCUAGCAUUAGUGUUGAAUGUAAGAAAAAGUGAUGUUUCAUUAGAUAGGGGGUCGAGAUCUCGAAGCAAGAUAGUGAAAAUCAUGGCAGACAAAUUAUCUUUAGACGACAUUGUUACAAAACUCACAGCUGAAAUGGAACGAUGACUUAUGUUGUCCAGAUAAUGAUAAUGGAACAUUUUGACUACCGUGUUUAAUGGUAACUUUUCUAGUUGACAUCUGCCUUAGUGUAGCAUUUUUUCAUUAUUUCAGUUGUUUCAAUGCAUUUGCAUGACAAAACGACAGUUGAG